AUGGCUCUCCCUAAGCCCUUCCUCCCCCUCCUCCUGUGCCUCUGUGCCUCCUUCCUCAUCUCCUGCCUUCAUGUCUACGGCUCCGACGAGCUGACGGUCUACAUUGUUCACGUCAAACGCUCCGAGGACGUGACCUUCUCCGCCGCCGAACAAUGGUCCGAUUGGUACUGCUCCCUCCUAAACAGUGCAAGUGAAGCUUUCGAACUUGCGCCUGAAGAAGAUGCCGCCAACGUCGCAGACUCGCGCAUUGUCUACUCCUACCGCGACGUCAUUACCGGCUUCUGUGCGCGGCUCGGGCAGAGGGAGGUGGAGGCCAUGUCGAAGUUGGACUGGUUCCUGCAUGCCUAUCCCAGCCCCGUUUACCGCCCCCUCACCACCCACACGCCCGAGUUCCUGGGGUUGAGCCAACCGAGCCACAGCGUGUGGAACGCCACCAACAUGGGCGAAGGGAUCAUCAUCGGCAUCCUGGACACUGUCAUCACCCCGGGGCAUCCUUCUUUCGAUGACGACGGCAUGCCGCCGCCGCCGGCAAAGUGGAAGGGCCGCUGCGACUUGAACGCGUCGGCGUGCAACAACAAGCUCAUCGGUGCGAGGUCCUUCAUCAAUUACGACAAGGUCACGCGUCGGUCGACGGUCACUCCGGUCGAUGAUGAGGGGCACGGCACCCACACUGCGAGCACUGCCGCCGGGAAGUUCGUGACGAAUGCUAGCGCAUAUGGGAACGCCAGGGUGGUCACGGCGUCGGGGAUGGCGCCGCGCGCUCACAUCGCCGUCUACAAGGUGUGUAACGAAGAUACGUGCCACGGUUAUGACAUAUUGGCUGCCAUGGACGCCGCGGUGGAAGACGGCGUCGAUGUGAUCUCCCUCUCUCUAGGCGGACCCUCUGCUGCUUUCCACUCCAACCCGGUCGCGCAGGGUGGCUUCAAAGCCAUCAACAAAGGAGUCUUCGUCAGCUGCUCGGCAGGUAAUACAGGGCCAAAUCGUGGCACCGUGACCAACGAUGCGCCGUGGCUGCUCACGGUAGGCGCGAGCACCACGGACCGGUCCUUCUUGUCCACCGUCAAGCUCGGCGACGGACAAGAGUUUGACGGCGAGUCAUUGUCCCAGCCGCGUGACUUCGAGUCCAAAAUGCUGCCGCUCGUGUAUCCCGGCCACGCCACUGGUAACGAAAACUCUUCCUUCUGCCUCAGUGGCUCCUUGGAUGGCGUCGACGUCCACGGCAAAAUAGUGGUGUGCGACGACGGCGGCAAUGGGAGAGCCGAAAAGGAUGACGUCGUCAAGAGCGCCGGCGGCUCAGGAAUGAUCAUUGUCAACAACCCUGACUUCGCCUACAGCACUCUCGUUGAACCCCAUGUCCUCCGGACGUCGAACGUUCCCUACGCUGACGGACUCAAGAUCAAGGCCUACAUCAACACCACCUCUGCUCCUACCGCAACCAUCAUCUUCAAGGGCACCGUCAUGCACACGCCCCACUCACCGGCGAUGGCCUCGUUCUCCUCCAGAGGACCCAGCCAAAUUACACCAGGGAUCCUGAAGCCAGAUAUCACCGGACCCGGCGUGAACAUCCUGGCAGCGUGGACCAGCGCGUUCGAGGUGUUCUCCGGCACCUCCAUGUCUUGCCCUCACCUCUCCGGCAUCGCCGCGUUGAUCAAGAAAGCGCACCCCGAUUGGUCGUCCGCCGCGAUCAAAUCAGCGAUCAUGACGACAGCGUACGCGACCGACAACAGCAGAGGGCCAAUCCUCGACGAGAGACACCUCCCGGCCGACUUGUUCGCGGUAGGAGCCGGUCACGUGGACCCGCCGAAGGCCAUGGACCCCGGACUCGUCUACGACCUCACGCCCCAAGACUACAUUCCUUACCUCUGCGGCCUCUACGCCAACUACCAUGUCCGAGCUAUAGUUGGCGGACCAGUGAAUUGCUCCUCCGUGAAGAGCAUCAGCGAAGCAGAGCUGAACUAUCCUUCCAUAUCGGUCAAGCUGCCGGCUAACCUUUCGACUCCGGUCAGCUACACGCGGACAGUGACCAACGUCGGGGAGCCAAGGUCGACGUACCGGGCGAUGGUUGACGUGCCGGAGGGAGCAUCUGCGCGUGUAGAUCCGACGACGCUGUCGUUCGAGAAGGUGGACGAGAAGAAGAGCUUCAGCAUCACCUUCCGGAGAACGGGAGGUCGGCAGGGCUUAGGUGAGGGGCAAUUGAGGUGGGUGUCGACGAAGCAUGUGGUGAGGAGUCCAAUCUCCAUAAUAUUGGAGUAG